AUGAAUACAGCCUUUUGGAACUGCCGGGGCUUGAAAGGGUCCCUGGUAGUUCGACGCCUCAAAGGGAUUAAGGCAACUUACUCCCCGAACAUACUCUUUCUGAUCGGGACGAAGAACCCUGAUGAUGUAAUCCGCGACGUUGCAGCUCAGCUGGGAUAUGAAGGUGUGAAGUGUGUAUCUCCUUUAGGUAUAGGAGGUGGUUUAGCUAUGUUAUGGAUGAAGACUGUUUCUGUUUGUUUUUAUGAUGUAAACAAAAGGAUCAUUGACUGCAAAAUCAAUAAUAAAGAUGUUUCUUUCUACUUCUCUUGUGUCUAUGGGCAUCCAAUACGCAAAUUGAGACACCAUCUUUGGGAACGUUUACAACGCAUAUCAAUAAACAGAAAUGGUCCUUGGUUAAUGUGUGGUGAUUUUAACGAGAUAUUACACAACAGUGAAAAAAGAGGAGGUCGUGUAAGAGAGAAUUGGAGUUUUACAGAUUUUAGAAACAUGGUUAAUAUCUGCAAAGUCUCUGAUCUUCCUUUUAAAGGUAGCAAUAUGACUUGGUCUGGUAAACGAAGGAAACAUAGAGUUCACUGUUGGCUUGACCGUGCCCUUGCUAAUGAUCAAUGGAAGGCUACAUUCCUAGCAUCUGAAGUUGAAUACCUAGAAAUGGUUGAAUCUGAUCAUCGCCCUGCGAUAAUCAAGAUUAAAAGAACAACAGACAGGGGUAUGAAACCUUUUCAGUUUGAUACAAGACUAUGUAAGAUUCAAGAAUUCCAAGAUGUAGUGCAGCAAAGCUGGAAUGGUGCAGACUCAACAGAUAUGUCUCUCUAUGAGCGAAUCCGUCACUGUAGGAAAGAUAUCUCAGCCUGGAAACGGAAUCACAAUACAAACUCUGCUAUUCAGAUCAAGGAACUGACACAAGAAAUUGAUGCAGCUCAUUCAAACCCGUCCAUAUCCACAGAUCAAAUUCACGAACUACAAAGACGUCUCAGUGCUGCCUACAGAGAGGAAGAAAGAUACUGGCAAUUGAAAAGUCGAAAUCAGUGGCUACACCAUGGAGAUCAUGGCACAAGAAUAUAUGGACAUCGUCAGAUUGCAACAGAGGCAACUAGAUAUUUCAGCAAUCUGUUCACUAGUACUCCUACAACAGACAUCUCCAAGACGAUACAGAACAUCAAACCUAUUGUAACUGCAGAGAUGAAUAAACUACUUGUGUCAGACGUCACUGAUGAAGAAAUACGGUCAGCUCUGUUCUCUAUUGGUGCAACACGAGCCCCAGGUCCUGAUGGGUUUAACGCAGCAUUUUAUCAACACUACUGGGACGUCGUUGGUCCUGCAAUAAUAUCAGAAGUCAAGAAUUUUUUUACUACAGGUGAGAUGCAGCAAGAAUGGAAUCAUACUAAUCUUUGUUUAAUUCCUAAGAAUGACCCUAAAACGAUGAAAGACUUCCGUCCUAUCGCUCUAUGCAACGUCACAUAUAAGAUUAUUUCGAAAAUUUUAACCAAACGACUGAAGCAAGUCCUAUCCGAGGUGGUUUCUGAAACACAAGCUGCAUUUAUCCCAGGCCGAUUCAUCACAGACAAUGUAUUAAUUGCCCAUGAAGUACUACACUCCCUCAAGGUCAGACAAAGAUGUGCUAAUUCAUACAUGGCUGUGAAAACUGAUAUUAGUAAAGCCUAUGACCGAGUUGAAUGGCGGUUUUUGGAAGCAGUGUUGAUAAAAAAAGGGUUCCACCCAACCUGGAUCAAAUGGAUCAUGGGAUGUGUUGAGACAGUCUCUUUCUCUGUACUGAUCAAUGGUAGUACAUAUGGUUACUUUCGACCAAGCAGAGGAAUACGUCAAGGAGAUCCUUUAUCUCCCUCAUUAUUCAUUCUCUGUGCGGAUGUACUCAGUUCUUUAUUAUCUCAAGCUACACGAGAAGGACGCAUCCAAGGAAUUCAAAUUAGCAAUGGUGGUCCAAGAGUGUCCCAUCUGUUAUUUGCUGAUGACUCAUUGUUUUUUCUCAAAGCGAAUUACCGCAAUAGUGUCAAUCUAUUACAGAUUUUCAAAGAUUAUGGAGAUGCGUCAGGGCAGAUUAUCAACUUUGAAAAAUCUUCAAUCACAUUUGGGAGCAGAGUAUAUCAACAAACAAGAGAUCGAAUCAAACAUAUAUUGAGCAUUCCCAAUGUGGGAGGAGGUGGUAAGUAUUUGGGACUUCCAAAACAAUUUGGAAGAAGAAAAAAGGAGAUGCUACAAUAUAUUCAUACUCAUGUUAAACAGAAAACAGAUGGAUGGCAAACAAGGUUCCUCAACACAGCAGGUAAAGAAACACUUAUAAAAUCUGUGGCAUUUGCUAUGCCUGUAUACUCGAUGAAUUGCUUCGAGCUACCAAAGAAACUAUGUUCUGAAUUGGACAGUCUGAUAGCCAGAUUCUGGUGGGGUUCAACACAAGAAAAAAAGAAAAUCUCAUGGGUUGCAUGGAAAAAACUGGUUACGUCAAAGAAUGAAGGAGGUCUGGGUUUCAGGGAUUUUCAUCUCUUUAACCAAGCUUUGUUAGCAAAUCAAGCAUGGAAAAUUCUCCAGCGCCCUGACAAUCUGAUUUACCGUUUGCUUAAAGCACGAUAUUUUAGAGAUACGUCCUUCUUUUCAGCAUCGUGGGGAACUAAACCGUCGUACAGUUGGAAUUCACUUAGAUUUGGACGUGAAUUAUUAAAGAGUGGCAUACAAUACAGUAUAGGAGAUGGACGAUUAACAAAGCUGGGUGUGGAUCCAUGGCUACCAACUAAUCCUCCUCGACCUCCUCUGUUGAUCCGGGCAGAAGAUGCUGAGAUGCCAGUGAGUACUAUAAUUGAUCCAGUUUCUUUUCAUUGGGAUGAACUUCAGGUCCAACGGUUUAUUGAUCCAAGGGAUCACCAUCUGAUCUAUAAGACAUAUCUCCCACAAAUUCCAGCGUUGGACUCUUAUAUUUGGAGCGGAACAAAACAUGGGAUGUAUACUGUUAAAUCUGGUUAUUGGAAGGCAUUAAGUUUGGAUAGAGAUGAUGACGCUCCUGUAGCGCCGCUUAAAUCCAACCCAGAUAUAGCCGCUCAGAUAUGGAGAUUAAAUAUAACACCAAAGCUUCAACAUUUCCUAUGGCGCCUUGCAUCACACGCAAUUGGUGUGGCUGAUAAUCUAAGACGACGUAAUAUCAAUGUAUAUCCUUAUUGCUCCCGCUGCUGUAUGUCUUUUGAAUCCAGUGAUCAUACAUUUUUCUUCUGUCCUCAAGUGAUACCGAUAUGGAGACUGAUUGGUAUACCUACCACCUUGAUUGGAGACCCACAUAUAACCAUUGAGGAUAAACUGAGGUAUUUGUUCCAGCUUCACCAAGAUAAUACUAUUGGUCUGAUACAUCGUUACGCUCCAUUUUGGUUAAUGUGGAGAAUCUGGAAAAGCAGAAAUGAUCUAGUCUUUAACUAUAGAUUGAUAGAAAUCACUGAUAUAGCCAAGAAUGCGCUCACUGAUACAGAAGAAUGGUUAAAUUGCAUGGUAACAGAGGAACAACCUUCAGCAGGACAAUCAACUGGUCAACAAUGCCCUCGACCACGAAGAAUUCAAUGGAAAAAACCGAAUGAUGGUUGGGUAAAAUGUAAUUAUGAUGUUUCACAUUACGAAGGAGACAGACACUCUGGCCUAGGAUGGUUAAUUCGGAACACCAAUGGCAUAUUUCUUGAUGGAGGGAUGGGCAAAUAUCAAGGCCGAGCAACUAUAGAGGAAGCAGAAUGUACAGCGUUAAUAUGGGCUAUCCAAUCAGCUUGGGGUUUGGGAUAUCGUUCGGUGGAAUUUGAAGGAGACAAUGAAGUGGUGAAUAAAAUUAUUAAUAACCAUGGAUCCUAUUCUCGACUGCAACAUUAUUUGGAGACAAUCCGGGGCUGGUGCACAAAGUUUACUAACAUCCGUUUUACAUUUCAACGUCGAGAACACAAUAUCUGUGCAGACCUACUUGCAAAAACAGCUAUUACUAGCUCUCAUAUGUAUGCUCUUUAUCAUUCAUGCCCACAAUUUUUACUUGCUGCUGUAAACAAUGAUUGUGACUAUGAUUCUUAA